CUUUGUCUUCCGGGUUGAGCUUCCGGGCUUCCGCACGUGGUUGAGUUGCGGGGACCCCGGGCCCUGGUCUUGAGAAGUGACUUCAACUAUUAACCCCAAAGCUAAGGGACCGAUCCGGAGCCAUGGAGGGCCAGAGCGUGGAGGCGCUGCUGGCAAAGGCGGAGCAGGAAGAGGCAGAGAAGUUGCAACGCAUCACAGUGCACAAGGAGCUGGAGCUGGAAUUUGACCUGGGUAACCUGCUGGCUUCCGACCGCAACCCCCCGACUGUGCUGCGGCAGGCGGGACCCACGCCGGAGGCCGAGCUGCGGGCCUUGGCACGGGACAAUACGCAGCUGCUCAUCAACCAGCUGUGGCAGCUGCCCACGGAGCGAGUGGAAGAGGCGCUGGUGGCCCGGCUGCCAGAGCCCACCACGCGCCUGCCGCGUGAGAAGCCGCUCCCACGGCCGCGGCCGCUUACACGCUGGCAGCAGUUCGCGCGCCUUAAGGGCAUCCGUCCCAAGAAGAAAACCAAUCUAGUGUGGGACGAGGUGAGCGGCCAGUGGCGGCGGCGCUGGGGCUACAAGCGCGCCCGGGAUGACACCAAGGAAUGGCUGAUCGAGGUUCCCGGUAGCGCCGACCCCCUAGAAGACCAGUUCGCCAAGCGGAUUCAGGCCAAGAAGGAACGCGUGGCCAAGAACGAGCUGAACCGGCUGCGUAAUCUGGCCCGUGCGCACAAGAUGCAGCUGCCCAGCGCGGCCGGCUUGCACCCUACCGGACACCAGAGUAAGGAGGAGCUGGGCCGCGCUAUGCAAGUGGCCAAGAUCUCCACCGCCUCUGUGGGGCGCUUCCAGGAGCGCCUCCCCAAGGAGAAGGCUCCUCGGGGUUCAGGCAAGAAGAGGAAGUUUCAGCCCCUUUUUGGGGACUUCGCAGCCGAGAAAAAGAACCAGUUGGAGCUCCUUCGAGUCAUGAACAGCAAAAAGCCUCAGCUGGAUGUGACGAGAGCCACCAACAAGCAGAUGAGAGAAGAGGACCAGGAGGAGGCCGCCAAGAGGAGAAAAAUGAGCCAGAAGGGCAAGAGAAAAGGGAACCGGCAGGGUCCUGGAGGCAAGAGGAAAGGCGGCCCGCCCAGCCAGAAGGGAAAGAGAAAAGGAAAUUUGGGAGGCAAGAUGCAUUCCGGGCCACCUGGCUUGGGUGGCAAGAGAAAAGGUGGACAGCACCAAGGAGGAAAGAGGAGGAAGUAACACUUCAUUCACCCUUGGACCUGUUCUGUAAAGAACGAACUGUAUGCUAAAUGUUAAGUUUUUAGUACUGUCGCAGGGCGGGACCACUGUCUUCAUUGAGUUUGAGGUUGAAAGGACAAAAUUGUCCUCCCCUCAAGAAAGUAUGUAAGUGUUCGACUGUACAGAUCAAAGUCUUUCCCACAAACGAGACCUUAGCUAGUGAUGAAGGGUAUAUUUGAGGACACAAGGGUUAGAAAAAUAAUUUGGGCAUUUUACUUUUGGGUUUUGGGGUGAAGGAGAGUUGGUGACAUUUCAGAGACUUAUGGUAGAUUAAUUUAUAUAUUUCAGCAUUUGUUAUUUUUGUAACAAGCUUCUAUUAUGCUCAUCAGAUCUGGGAGGGGAGAGGAAAGAUGACAUUUUCCUAAGUUGAUUUAAAGAAACUGUUGUAGGGCUGGGGCUGUAGCUCAGUGGUAGAGCGCUCACCUAGCACACAGGAGGCACUGGGUUCAAUCCUCAGCACCACAUAAAAAUAAAUAAACUGUUGUGAAGGUAAUUUAAUAAAUGUGUCUAUCUAGCA